GCAACUCAUUAUAGCCUCUAUGCAAAUAGUUUUCUACAAGGGCUACUGCAAUCAGGCUCUCGUAAUCGCUCGACGCACCAAGCAAUAAGCGCAACUGCCGUCACAUAAAUGGGGCUUGAGACACGACGCAGCGCCCCGCACCAACAACUUGCUUCGCGCGCUAACUCUCAAAGCCAAGCCCUUAAUGGCUCAAAUCUACUAAGCUUGCGCCGACUGGCGCUCUCCACCUGCUCCACUCGAGCUGCAAGCCCAGCCCGACGCGCUACAGGCGCGGAAGGUACCGAUAGCUCCUGUGCAUCGGUUACCGCCAGUUGCGUUUACAGCGACGAGGAAACUGACGUCCCGCUUCCUUCUUCCGAGGAAGUAGAAGGCCUAACUGAGCGCAUCGCAGCUUUGGAGGCCAAGGUAGCGCACCUCAACGUCCGUGUGGAGGGCUGGCUAGGGGGUGCACUUGCGGCUACAGCCAGCAGUGUUGCCGCAGCCACUGCGGGGAGCGUCGACAGCUGUGAUUCGCCCCCUAGUAGCGCCAGAUCCUAGGCGAGUGGAGGGACUGCUUACGAGUAUGGUAAGGUAAAGGUGCAGCGACAACCCAGGCAGAUAGCCAUGGCAAAGGUCAGUGGCGCGGUGUUUGCGGAAGGCCUCUUAAGGACCAACGAACGUAUCGUCCACUCAAGGUAUUGGCGGUUUGUUUGCUGGUUUGUGCACAAGCACGCUGGUCUCUCAAACCUGCUGAAACGGAAUGCUUACGUCGUGUACACUGUGCAUGCAUGUGCAGAGCGGUAGGUUGGCUUUCGCAUAUAUGUUGUAAUGUCCCCGGGCAGUUCCGGGAUAAGGUGGAUGUGAAGACUUUAUUACUUCGCGAGCUUGUCAUUCUGUACCUCCGUAAGCAAUUGGUGUCAUCUGUACUAAUAGUAUAGCACGCUGUCUGGUAGGGUGGUAGGGAUACGAGGGGAGUGGUAUCUUGGGCGUCAUUUAAAGUACACGUGCUGUCAUAGUCAGCUGCAAGAACAUGCAUAUGCUCGCUUUUGGAGUUAUCAAACGGUGCAUCAUGGACAGUUUCGCUCGUUCGAUAUUAUAUAUGCGAAUCCAGGAUGGCUGCAGCCGCCACACACAUUCUUCUUGGUAAUUUUGAAUUGCUGUAAUUGAGAGCACAAGCAGCGCAGUGCAGCAAGGCAUGGAUGGGGGCGCUGGACCACGGCUCGCACGGCUGACAAGGCGCUCUAUACAGGCCGUCAGCAGGAGUUUUUGGUUACGAUUUGGUUUAAGGCGGCGUCUCGAGGGCUUGAGGAGGGCAAAUGGUGCCACUUGCAAGGCCAACUGUCGGCCAUGCCACUGUCGCCGGAAUUAACAGGACCUAGCCAGACGGCUGUGCGUAUCACGUGCAACUAACCGAUGUGCACGCUACGGCCCGGCUAUGAAUUACAACAGGAAUCCAGGAUGGCGGAGGCCAGGAUAGUAGGCUGGCGAUGACUUUAAGUCUGUCCAAAGGGACCGACCUAAUAAGCUUUGUGUGAGG